GAAUCGAAAAGGCUCGAAAAGGCUAAUCAUCAAACAAGGAUCGAAAAGGCUCGAAACAGUGACAUUUUCGUGAUCUUUUUGUUUUGUUACGGCUAUGCACUUAGCCAUAUACUCGGUGGCUCAGAAAAGCAGGACAAAGCCACCACAUAG